GUGAGUGAGUGUACGCGCUCCCUGUCUCCAAAACAUUUACGCACCGCAGCAGUGUUCCGCCUGUCUCUUACUCCCCUCCGUCAUCUUACUACAACCACCUCCACAAACAGCAACAACAACCGACUCUCUCCGCUCUGAAGGACCGGGAGCAGAAGUCCGUACAGAGGAGCGUCUGUCCCAAACCACCGUGCUUUGCAUUCGGUGAGCAAUUAAAGCGGGAGUGGAAGAGGAGGAGGACGGAAGUUUAUUCCCCCCCUGUCUCUCUGGUGGAGAGCGCAGGGCGCACCGGGACUGAAUGGUUGAGCCCAGCCCUCCAGCACUUCACCUUCUUUCCAGCGGGGAUGUCAGCAUGGCAGGUGUCGGUGUCAAAGUAGAACGUGAGGACUCUGGAGGAGGGGCUGCAGUGGAUACUAAUGCUGAACUUCGUAAGACAUCUCCUUCACGUGAUUGGGCAGGAACCCAGCCCCUUGAGGCUCGCCAGUUGACGCCACCGCUGUCCCGCUCCCCUUCAGAGGGCUCUCCAGGUAAGGAGCUGCCUCACAGACAGAGCCCCAUGAGACUGAAGGAACCUAGGCUGCACGAUCGAUCGGAAGGACAAUCCAACUUAAAAGAAGUGAUGCCUACCAUUGAGAAGCUGCUGAAUGCUGACUGGAAGGAGAAACUACUGGAUAAAAGCACAGUGGGGGCAGGACAACUGAGAGGUACCCCCGAAUCUUUGGCAGAGAAGGAGCUCCAGCUGUUGAUGAUGAUCAACCAGCUGAGUGGUCUGAGGGAGCAGCUACUGGGAGCGCACUCUGAGCAGAGGAACAUGGCUGCCCUGCUGCUGGAGAAACAGCAGCAGCAGAUGGAGCUGGCUCGGCAACAGCAAGAACAGAUUGCCAAACAGCAGCAGCAGCUCAUCCAGCAGCAGCACAAGAUCAACCUGCUUCAGCAGCAGAUCCAGGUAAACAUGCCCUAUGUGAUGAUUCCGGCUUUCCACCCCAACACCCAACCCCUCUCGGUCACCUCUGACCCCCAGAUGACCUUGCCACUGCAACCGAUCCCCUGCAAGCCGACUGUGGACUAUUCCAUGCAGCUGCUGUCAAACGCUCACCCCACCCCCGUGAAGAGGAGCAGCGGUUCCCUCCGACAGGAAGCGAGUCAGCCCUUGAACCUGACCUCCAAGCCCAAGGGGCUAGAGCUGGGGAAGACACCCAGUCCACAGAGCCUGGAGCUGGGAUCGCUGGCGCUGCAGGGGGCCUACAGACCCAGAGAUCUCCAGAGAGAGGUCUCCCACAGUCCGCCUCGAUCCGCCCUCAGUUUCCUGGGAGACGGCGACGUGGUCACCCAGGCUAUCCACGAUGCCCAGCAGCUUUUGAGGAGCCACAGCAGCUCAGGGCGGGAGAGGGACAGGGAGAGAGAAGGUGGUGGAAAGGUGGAGUUUAAAGGUUCUCCUCGCAGUGAGAGACUGUCUCAGAGUGAGCGGGGUGAGGACAGACACGGCCUGCCGUCCACCGAGGACCACCUCAGCAGUGAUUCUGAGGGUACCCUGACCAUCUCAGUCCCAGGCAGCUACGCUGAGGCACGGCCCCCUCCUUCCUCAGGCCACAUAAAGAGACCUAUGAAUGCCUUUAUGGUGUGGGCCAAGGACGAGCGCAGGAGGAUCCUGCAAGCCUUCCCUGAUAUGCACAACUCCUCCAUCAGCAAGAUCCUGGGCUCCAGGUGGAAGGCCAUGUCCAACCAGGAGAAGCAGCCUUACUACGAAGAGCAGGCGAGGCUGAGCAGGCAGCAUCUGGAGCGUUACCCCGACUACAAAUACAAACCCCGGCCCAAACGGACCUGCAUUGUGGAGGGACGAAGGCUGAGGGUGGGCGAGUACAAGGCUAUGAUGAAAAGCCGCCGGCAGGAACAGAGAGCGACCUACGCGCACAGUCAAACGGAGCCACAGCCAAUCCAUUACCCCCACAGUGAUGGCCAGUACCCAGGGGGGAGCAGCUCGGUCUCUGUCACUGCCAUGCCUUUUCACCCCGCAUUACUGGAGCAUUACCUGCCGCAAGUCCCACCCGCUCCUCGCAGAGCCGAGGGCCAGGCCACGCCCACCUCUCUAUCCAGGGAGAGAGAGAGGGAACGAGAGAGGGAGCGACCCCCAUACAGUGAAGGAGAGGAAAGUGAUGGGGGAGAGCGGAGCGAGGGGGAACUGGUGCUCCUUACUGACUAAAGAAAGGCGACUGGGAGAGGACCCAGAAAAAGGAAAAUAAAAGAGGGAGAGGGGAGGGUAGCUGAGGUGGGUGGGUUGCUCUUUGAUGAAUGGCAGUCGGAGAGGAAGAAUGGAGGAUGAACUAAAGAAACAGUGAGGGAGUGAGUGGAAACGUCAUACUCACCCCCUUGUAAAUUAGCCCAUUCUCCAGUAAAACCUCGCCUACACAAAUGCAUAAAGGCAAGCUUUUGUCAUUUCCUUUUACACAUAUCUUGUCAUCACCUGCUUUGUGUCAGAACUUUGGAGUUAUAUUGUAGAAGGUUUAUCAUUUAAUCCCUUCUGCUUCUUGUUUUCUUCCCAUGUUGACUUUUGGCAAACAAAAUCCCCCAACAGGGAGUGGAAUUAAAGCAGAAUCAUUAAAAGUUCAGAGUACCUGCCUUCUCCUGUCAGACAGCUGAGGAACAGCUGCUCUAUGGGUUCAGUGUGUCAGCUUUGCCACCUGCUGGAGUAGAAUGGUUAUUACUGCUGUUGCCACACAUGCUAUUUAAGUUUUGAUACCCCAAAUCCAACUGGAGGGAUAAAACAAUUGUGUGAUUAAUGGUGCAUUUAAGCAAUUUUGGUACUGUACUCUCAAAGUGUAGGGGACUUGGAUAAAAAAUAAUGGUCAUAUUUGGUAAUAGUCACCUUAGUCCAGAGGAUGGUUCAAGACAAAAAAAAAAUUAUAAAUCCUACCCUUCCCAUAAUGCAACUUAAACAGACUGCCAAAGUGGGAGGGUGUAAUUGCUAUAUGAUGUGAGGAGAGUGAGGCAUCUUAGUGUGUUUGAUACAGAUUUCCUGACUUAUUCACCAUUGCAUUUUGCUUUUAAGUUCACAGAAAGUUGCACAAGCAUGUGCUAAUGAAUAUGCAAGUUGAUUAAAUCAGCUGGCAAACGGAUGAAGACAAUAAAACUGCUCUAUGCAGUUAGCAAAAUGACUGUUCCAGGAGGAGUUCUGUGUUUACAAAUGUUGAUUUAUGUCAAAAUCAGAUGAAAUCUGACAUAAGCUUUGAUGUAGAGAGUGCAAAAUUAGCAUGAGUAAUGGAGCUGCAACAGCCACAUCAAUGGGAAAUAUGGCAAGCAAAAAGGAACCACAAUGAUCCCAUAAGUACAUUUCAUAAAGUCCUAAUACUCACAGCCUCGGUCAUUCAUGCUUGUCAGGUUUUUUGCACAUUCAGGUAUUUCUUUUUGGCUUAAUCAAGUUAGACACAAAAAGCAGAUUAUUUUUUGCAUUUUGUUCUUUUGCAAUUGUACCAGUUGGCACCAUCAGAGGUUUAUCUCAGCAAACUGGCUCCCAAUAUUUGCUUGACAUAUGAUCAAUCUGAGCUAUCAGCCUUUCUAAACAUCCAACCAGCAGUUCUCACAGGGCAGUUGCUGCAUAUCUGCAAGUCACUUUGCAACCCACCUCCACCCAGGCUUCUCCCUAUAUACUGAAUCUAAUCCAUGUCAUAUCUGAUGUCACUGCUGCCUGCUCUGUCCUAUGCCAGGUCUCACAGUCUCUGGCUUUCCAUGUAUGGAAUGGAAGGGGGUCCUGGAAUAGAAGUUUGCCAUAUAGAAAUUACUAUCAAUGGAAAUGACAAUCUUCAUUCAUAUAUAUACAUACAUACAUACAUACAGGGGUUGGACAAUGAAACUGAAACACCUGUCAUUUUAGUGUGGGACCAGCCUGGUGGCCAAUCUUCAUCAAUUGCACAUUG